AUGAAAGGGGCAUCUAAAGGACAUGGUCCACAGCCUGUCCAGCAAAGGAGGCUUGUCAGUACAAAACGUGUGCAUGGACAAGUACUGGAUUGGCAUGGCAACUUUGGUUGGAUCCAGGCUCUGCAGCCCGUGGAGCAUCCCGAGGCUCACAGGAAUCAAGGCCGUAUCUACAUGGCCGGCGAGGAUGUACAGGAAGACCUCUCCGGCGUCGGCGCGGAUGUCACUUUCUUCCUGUACCAGGAUGCUAAUGGUCUGGGCGCUAUGAAUGUGCGACCAGCGCCGGAUGCGUCCAGGCUAACUGCGCCUCCGACCCACAAGGGCGGAUAUGGACGUGCGACCGGUGGAGCAGGCCGACUUCAGUGGAAUACCUCGGCAAAUCAACCCAAGGCUAAAACACCGCGGUUAACUCCGAAAGGAUACGGUGGUGGCUAUGCGCCGGUCACCCGCGGAACAGUAGAACCUCAUGACAAAGUGUUGGAGCGCGUCCACACUGCUUUACACAAAUCAGUCAACAAGGCGACCAAGAAGAUCGCUGACCAAGAAAAAGACUGGGAUCAAGUCGAGCUCUGCAAGCGGAUUGUCCGGUACUUGUACAAAGGAGCUCAAGCCCCUGAGCUGCUGACACUCCAUUGGCAUCAGGCGGCCGAGCAAUUCGUGGACACGGCCAUGCAAGGCUUUACUGCCGCCUGUGGAGACAAACCUUGGUUCUUUGAGAUGGAUUUGACAUCGGCCUUCGGCAUGGCUUUCUGGGAGAUCCAUUCGGGCAGCGGGCAGCGUGCACAAUGGUCAGAAGUGGAGGCGGUUCUCAACAGCAAGUACGAGCAGCUGAUGGAUCUCUGUCUGCUCGAGAAGGCCAUGUGGGACUCCGCAGGUGGUCUGAUACCAGACCAGGAGCCUCUUCGCAAUAAGUUGUACAAGGCAUUGAAGACCAGCCAUGAGAUUGCCUUCAAGGAAGCGACGGAAGCUCCAAGGAUGGGAGACCUCCAACGCGUCGAGCUCUUUACAAGGGCUUGGGUAGACAGCGCGAUCAAUAAAUCCUACUCUGUGCUGGAGCAGGCGGAGGGCAACCUCAUGAAUGCGGACAGUGUUGUCCAGCUCUUCCAGGAGCUGCUGGCGCCUUUCGGAGAGGAGCACCCAUUUUCCUGCAUUCCUGCCGUGCUGACUCAAAGUAUUGGCCGUCCACCAAAGGAUUGGGACUUUCUGCAAGAGACUGUCAGGCAAUUUUUCCUGCUGUGGAACAACCCUGAAAUCGGUGCUGAUGCCGGCUACGGGCAGCGUCGCACCUUCAAAAGACCCUACGAUGCCUUUUCGGCCCCUGGGAGACCAACGAAGGGCAAAGGCCGAGACAGCAACUCACGGACCACAACUGUAAGCAUAAGAGAAGCACAUACUCGACCUGACAUGGCAGCCCCGCCGCUUCUGGCAAUUGAUGCUUUCUGCACUCAUGCCGCCGAUGCAAAGGCGAAGGCGCCUCUGCGACACGUUCUGAUUCGUGACCUUGCGAAGGUGGCAGCCGCGCUAAAGCAACCGCUGGCAACAAAGGAGGCAGCAGCUUUGCUUCAGGCUUUCGACGGAGAGCCAGGUGCUGCCGAGCUCUGUGCAAAGCAGAUGCAUGUGAAGCUUUUGAGGCGCCUGGCCAAAGCAUCCAGUACUGCAGAGAUUUCAAAGGCUAUGCAAGGCGCCGUUCUUGACCUGGAUGCAGAUCUCCGACAACAGCGACCUGGAGUACCGGGCUGCAGUGGCAUGACGGCGAGAAUGUCUUUGGGACGGCAUGGUGCUGCUUCUUUGGCCGAGGUGUCAUUGCACUUUUUGUGUGUUGGCUGCUGCCUGUAUGUGGUGGUGGCUGGCAGCUGCGUAGGCAACAUCUGGGGAAAAGGUCUCAGUGAUCUGGCGUUUGCCCCGCCUGUCAGCGAGAUUGGGAAGGACGGCGUGCUGCGCAAGUCCAGCAAGGAGAGCCCCGAGCAGAAGCGAGCAAAGGCCUUGCUUCGGUUGAAGGCCCGGAAUCCCCAUCAACAGAUCGGCGGCUCGGUCUCGCUUCCCGGAGGUCGUCGUCCGGGCUCUGAGGCAGUGGCAGCCCGUGGUGCCCCAGCAAUCAGGGCUUCAGCUGCUGCCGCCAUGGGCAAAGGCGAGACUGCCCUCAGCGCCGAGGACUUACUCACGGAGGUCGUCGAUCUCCGUGCAGGUGAUCACACGUCGAUCUUGCUUGGCAGCUCGGGGCUUGCGAACUCAGGGCUUACUCCUCAGGACAUUGGAGCACUGGCCGAGGCUUGUGAGGAUGCCACAAAAGCAAGCAUGACGAUUGCCGAGUUGGCUAAGGAGAGGCUCAAGGAGGCCGUCAAGGGCGAGGCGAACUGGGUUCAGCAGGAGAAGGCCAAGGCCUCCGAGGUGACUUGCUUGGCAGUCAAACUCGACUGGGAGCCCACAAGUAGAGACACUGGCGAACCGGAUGCCAAGAGGCUGCGCUCGUCGCAGGACGCAUGA